CAGCAGCGCAAGCAGAUUUACAACAACAAUGCAGAACUGAGAGGCUCCACGUGUGCAUUUUUAGUUGCUGUCAUUGAAAUAGCAUUGCACUGCAUUGUAAAUCAAUUUGUACAUAAUAUAUAUAUUUUUUAUUUAUCUAUUAACGUAUUAUCUUAACACUGGAUAAAAAAAUGUUACUGAAUGCAUCGCCAGAGAAGCAAACCCAAGCCUGUAUUUUGUUCUACAAAAAUUUAGAAGUGAAAAAUGUACAUGUAGACAUCGUUGGCAGAAUUAUUAAGUUUCUCGAAAAGCUGAACGAAUGUGUACGGAGCUCGGUGAAGCGAUGCAGAGAGAGAAGCCUGGACCAGGCGCUGCAGCUGUUGCAGGGCAUUGCUGUGGAGGAGCUGAGCACACUAGAGGACAGUCACAUCCUACCUGUGGAGCAGCUUGUUCUUCUACUGCAGCUGGAAACGGUCACAAACUCCACUGCCUUCAAGAAGCUAGAGCAGAUUACAUUGAAGAUAGCGGAGGUGAAUAAGCCUCUUGUGAAAACAGAGAUAGAGACGUGCAUGAGCAAUAUUGUCAGCACCAAGCAGAUUUUAUCAGUAAAGGAUCUCCAGACAGAGUUGGUGUUGUUUUCGGCAGUGUGCGUGUUUCUGGAAGAGAGCUGUAUUGGUCGUGAAGUCUGGAGGGGGGAUCUUCCCUUGUUGUUGUGUAAGUUAGCUGAAUCAUUUCCAUGGGUAUUGGAACAGGAGGCCUCUAGGAACGGAGAAUGGGGCUACCUGACUGUUAAGGUAUGCCUGCAGGUGUUUCAGCUCCUGCCUGGAGAGGUGGCUCCCCUGGUCUGGGCAGAGAACUCCAACAAUGAGGCUGUGCAGAGCAUUCUCACUUACCUGCUGCAGAUCAUUCGAGGGAAGACGUCAAACAGAGACACCAGGCUCCUGGCUGGCACUGCAGUAGCAAUGCAAAUUAACACAGCUUCUAAAACCCAGGAUGGAGCAGAGGCAGCAGUCAGCCUAUUGCAGCUCACAAACAGAGAGCAGCUGGAGUUCUGCCUGGGCAGUUUGAGGGUGACCGUGUCCGCUGCGGUGCAGGACGGUGUGGACAGGCUGGCUGUGACGAGAGCACUGCUCACCUGCGGCAGGAAGGACAUCCUAGUGCACGAGCUGGCAUCGAAUGGGACUUGCCUGCUGUUGGAUGUCUUGUUCCCAGCUGUGUCUUGCUUGUGUGAGGAGAAUCUGGACUGCCAUUACUACACCUUCCAAGUGUUUUCUAGCUGGCUGCAAUGCGUCAAGGAGUGUCUAGAGGAUAUCUGGGAGGUGACAGGGACCCGGCUGCUCACAGAGAACUCCAGCUUGAUACAGAAAUUGACCCAGCUAAUCUGGAACAAUGCAGAAAGCCCAGUUGAAGGCGUCUCUGAGUUUGUCUACAACUCGUUUCGUGUGCUCUUAGAGAUUUAUAGACUGGAGUGUGAGCGCUUCAGAGAUACAGAAAAGCCCCUUUACACCUCCUUACUGCAACGGGUGACAGCCCUUCCCUGGCAGGCUAAAGCGAAAUACUUCCCCCUCUGUGCUCUGAUCCCAUACCUCGGAACGGGCAAGGUCCUGGAGCAUUUCACAGAGCUCCCCCGUCACCUUUUAAACUGCCUCUCCACCAAUUACCUGUCUCCGUGCGCCUCUGAGGUCUACAAGACAAUGAUACAGUGGCAGAGGCAGGAGCUGUGCAUUGAGGCAGGCAACACCCUAUUGGAAACAGAGCUGGUACAGCAGUGGGCACGGCACUGGCUGGACACCCUGACCGUGGCCUUGACCUCCGAGGUAACCCUCCUGCAGAACAACACCUCCAGCUACCUCCUGCCCUGGACGCUGCGCACGUUCCCGGCUGCCUUCGAGGUCCUGACUGCCAGCUUCAACCUCUCGAGCCCCGGGCACCUCCGUGCAUGGGUGACCCUGCUGAGCGCUCAGAGGAUGGUGACCGCAGGCCCCCUGCCCCUAGAGGGUGCAGUGCUGGAGACACUGCGUCUCGGGCUGCACUCCCUGGACGAUGCCGUGCGUCUGGGUGCCCUGGGCUUCCUCUGCUGCAGCCCCAAGACCAACCAGGCUCUGACGCAGCUGGAGCUGAGCCUGCUGAAAGAGUUCCUCCCCUUGAACCUGACCUGCGACUCGUCCCCCUUCCGGCAGCUACUCCAGGCCGCGGUGAAGAAGGCCCUCGUUCGAAUCCGGGAGAGCUGCCUUGCCUGCCUCAGGAAGGGAAAAGCCAACAGCAAGAAAGGGGAGAGCACAACGGAAACCAUGGAGCCAGUCAGUGUGCUGUCUCAGGGAGUAGAGUUUGUUGAGUGGCUGGCGCAGUUGGCGGUCUCCUCUCUGGCUCCGGGUCUCAACUUCCAGAGGAAGAAGACGGCACUGCUGCUGCUGGCAGCUGUGCUGGAGACCUGCACCGACAGCUGGACCCCAGACAAGAAGAAAGGGCAGCCGCCAGAGAACAUGUGCGCUCUGAUAAACUGGUCGAGGGAGAGGGGAUGCUGGGACUUUUUCACCGAGUCCAAUCUGCUGGUUCUUCUCGGCUGCUUGCACGAUGGCACAAACGAGAUCCGAGAGCUGACCGCGGAGCUGCUUGGGAAGUUUUUCCCUCCUUGCUUUCCUGAAACCCUGACAGCCGACCUGCUAGAGCAUGCUGGGAAGGCCAUGUGCAGCCCCCGAGUGCAAGAAGCCCAGGCCGGAGCUAUCAUGAUGAAGAUUGUGUAUCAAAAGUCGGAAACUCUUUGUUCACUUGUGAAGAACAAUUGUAAAGAGAGGAAUGAUUCAGCACAAGAUGUGAAAUCAGUUUCGUUCCUGCUGUACCUGCUGUGUGAGUUAGAUGACCAUUACAUCACAGCGACAAGGGAUAUGCUGCAGGCUGCUCGGACCAAACCAAUUCACGGGGUUAUCACUACUCUACAGAGAUAUUUAGUGGAAGUCCCAGAUGCUCUUAUUUCAAUCCAAAAAGCAACAACAAACGGGCAAGAUAUACUCUCCAGAUUAGUGGAGACAGUCCGGAAGAUCAGCAUGUUCCUUUUGGGGGUGCUGUAUGGAAACCAGAGCAGUUCCUCUGAAGAACAAGAAGCGCCCCCUUCCUUCGCUGACAUGGGAAACGCCAUCCAGUCUCUGAUCACUCAGGGGAGGGGGCUGGAGCAGCAGGAUGGGGGCGACGCUGUGCUGCUGUCGGAGGAGCACAGCCUGAUUCUCACUUGCUGCUGGGUCUCUCUGAAGGAAAUUGGAAUUUUGCUUGGCUCACUUGUGGAGAAAGCACUGGCGCCCCCUACUGCAUCCACAGGGUCACUGCUCUCAAUAGAGGAUCUGAAGACAAUAGCAAAAGUGUUUCAGGAGAUCCUUCUGAAGUGUCGACACUGGGGAGCUGUGGAAGGAUGCUGUGUUGGAUUCACAAAGUUUUGCUCUGUCCUUCUGAAUCAUCAUAACCCAGACGUGAAGGCCAUCCCCAGACGCAUGCUGGAGCAGGGCCUGUCGGUAUUGAGCACUCCCCGGAGCUCCUCGGUCACACGGCGGGCCGCUGGUUUGCCGAUGCUGAUCCUGUGCAUCGUAGUGGGAGAAGACGCCAGCAAGUCCCGUCCACUGCUGGCUCACAGCAUGAGUGUGGUUCUGGAGAUCGCAGGUACCCCUCUCCCUGACGACUGGGAUCAGACCCUAGACCUGCAACAGGUUUGUGCCGUGCAUAUUCUGCAGACUCUGGUGCGUGGCUCAGGACUAGGAGUAGCCAUGUUACAGUUUGCUACUGCAAUGACAAUCCUGUCUUUGAAAGCGUUGAGCUCCCCCUGCUGGGCAAUGAGGAAUGCAGCGAUCCAGCUCUUCAGUGCUCUGUGUGCUCGAAUGCUGGGGCAGAGGCGUAGCCGGGAUGACAGUUCUGCACAGAACGGGAUGUCUCCCCCGGCGUUCUUCACCCACUACCCCGAGCUGAAGGGCUUCCUCCUGCAGGAGCUGCAGCGCGCCGGAGAUCCUGGGCAGGGGUCUGGGGAGGGCAGGCUGCGUCUCAUCCCCUCCCUGCACUCCGUGCUCACUCUGCUGGCCAGGCUGCAGCCUGGAGUUGAAGACGAAGCAAGAUCGCUUUCGGUUUUUCUUGAUCCCCUGCUCCGGCUGGCAGGCAGUCCUAUCUACGCAGUGCGAGUCAUGGCAGCCAAAGCUUUGGUCGCCAUGGUGUCCCCAUCCGAGCACAAGACUGUCCUGCUCCGAUUGGCUGGCGAGUUACCGGGCAGGAAGACCCCCUGCUCUCACAAUCACCUGCAUGGGCAGCUUCUCCAGAUUGAGGCCUUGCUAGCCAGGGCCUUGGACACGAAUGAAUUGCAGCCGGAUGCCAUGCAGUCCCUGGUGCUGCAGUUUGAAUCCAGGGCAUGGCUGGUGAUGUCUUCCCAGCAGUGCCCUCUGAUCCGCUCUGCCUAUCUCCGUGUGGCUACGAUGCUGAUUCGAAAGUGCAGCGGGAGUUUCCUGGAGCAUCUUCAAGAGGUGUUAACAAAAGAGCUCCACACUCCCACAUGCAGGUUACAGCUUGGAUCGGCUGUGUUUCGUCAGGCUGCUGCUCGCUUUCUUUGUGACAAAGCUGUCAGAACAGGAGCUGCUGAGAAGGCAGACCAGGCUAGCCAGCUUCUGAUGAUGGAAGACCCUGACAUUCGAUUAGCGGUUGUCACCUGGAUCGCUGAGGGACAGAGGUGGAAAUGCACACCAAUGUGGAACGUGCUGAAGAAAGCCUUAAAGGACAACCUGCAGACUGUGCUGGAGGAGAGGAGUGGGGAGCAUCUGAAGGUCUACCUGGAGGCCUUUGUGGCGGUGACCGGAGUGACUGAUCGGGAGGGGCAGAUUGGAGGUGGUCCUGUCCCUCCGUCAGAGCCAGACACGGGGGAGUGUGUGGAGGCAUUGCUGUCAAUGCUGGAGCGCGCUCAGAGCAGCCCUGAUCUUCUCUCUCAUGCUCUCUGUGCCGCCAGCCUGCUGCUCGCGGUCAGCACGGAAGCUCCUCUGCUGGAGCGCUGGUGUGAGGUGUUGGAGAGGCACAGUGAUCCCGAUUCCACAGAGACCCUGAGACUGGCAGCAGCCAGGUCACUGCAGCUCGUCGGAGUCGCCCUGGUACACAAGGCGCUGAACACACCUGCGCCACACCCAGCCCUGGCUCGGAGGCUCGUGAACACUGGAGUUUACCUGUUACAAGAUGAAGAUCCGCAAGUGAGGGGAGAAGCUGCUAAGUUUGCCUCCCUGGUGAACUCUCUGUGGAGGAAGCUGCCAGGGGAGAGGAGCUGCCUCCACAUUCAGAGCAGCAAGGGGCUGCUCUGCCUGUUUGAGCUGCUGCUGCAGGAGUUCGGGGCUGGCCUGGAGACCCUGGAGCUGUUCCUGUCUCAUCUCCCUGAGUCAGACAUGGGCAGUGUGCUGCAGGAGCUGGAGGAGCCAGAGUCUGUGAGCCUGUAUGAACAGGACGAAGCCAACGUGUUUGCAGAGCCUGCUGUGAUUUCACAGCUCCUGCUGCCGUACCUCCUACAGCUCACAGAGAAGCUGGCUUUCUCCUCAGACCAUAGAGAACGUGUGGCACACUGGGUAACAACAAACACGGCAGGGAUCUUGCAGAACAUGGGCUGCUGCAAGCUGUGGUGCAGCCGAGGUGCUGCCGCUGCUCCCGGUCCUCUGGCCGCGCUGGGCUGCCCCCGGCUGCACUCUGCAGUGACCGCACUGUUUGUGAGAGCCACCGUCCUCCUUCAUGCCAUGGAGAUCCUGGGAGAGGAGCAGGCAGCAAAGACAGGGAAAGGGACAGGGACAGGCUGCACACCUCAGAGACUGAGAUCAGAGCUGGAGGAAACACACAGGCUGCUCACUCAACACGGGAUCUUCGUACCACUGCUACAUCUAUAGUGGGAUCUCCAUUUAAAAAACCUGUUCUGUGUUGUUCAGAAGGGGGUUUGGUGGAUAAUGAACCGAGUCCCAGUGUGAUUGUGAACCACAAGGUUUUUAAGUGGUGGAAUUCGGUUCUGUAGGUUUAUCAUGGAUAUACUAUACUCCUCUGGACAGUGGGAUUCAUGAUUUAUUAUCAAGAGCAUAGACUGAAGAAUAGAAAAACAGCAGAUGCCAAUAGGCCAGCAUCUCUCCAACCCCAGUGUCAAUACCAACCUAAUCCAGCAGAGGGGGCUCCUAUUAUAACUGGAACGAUUUGAUUCUGAGGCAGCCCUGCCAUGCUGCUACCUAGUGUGCGCAGUAACACGUUUUAAUACUUUUUUAAAAGAAAUGUAUUCGUCAUAUCGCUAAACAUUUCAUUUUUAAUAAAACAGCUCAUGACAUGAAAAUAAUGCAAUGUAUAAAAGUAGAAAAGUUUUCUUUUUUUAUAUAUAUUGUCAAAGUGUGCACAUUAAAAUGUAUUCCAGUGUAAAUAAAAUAGUGUGUUUCUUUUAA